GGCAGAGGCUUUAACCCACUGAGCCACCCAGGCGCCCCUCGAUAGAUAUUUUAAACAUAAAUUCAAUGCUGGGCACUUUUAUAGGCACCAUAGAAACAGCAAGUAAUCAAAACAGAGAGCUGACUGAUAAAGAGCUCAUGUUUUAAAAGGGGGAAUACAUUUAAACAAUAAUUAUGUAAAAUGUCAGGUGGAGACAAGCACUUUGGGGGAAAAAAAGGAUGAAAAUAGAGCUAUUGGGGGUGCUAUUUUAUAUAGGAUGCUCAGGGAAAGUCUCUCUGAUAAGCAGAAGCUGAGAGAAGUAAGGGAAUGAAUCAGGGGGAUAUCUAAGGAAGAACAUUACAGGCAGGUGCAAAGGCCCUGAGGCAGGAUUUUGUGUCUUCCCAGCAAGGUCUCACUAAGACUUGGAUAGCCAUAAAUUUUGAGGCAUUAUUCACAGGAAGGGCUUUGAAGCAUACAUGUUAUUUUUUUUCCCCAUUUGUUUACUCAACAAGUACUUACUAGGUGCUGGUUAGAAGUGCAGACAGGAUCCCUGUCCACAAAGAUCUUACAGCCUUCAGAGGGAGACAGAUCAAUUAGUAGGUAUUGAGUGGGACUGGAAUCAACCUAGAGAGGCACAGGAGCAGAGAAAAGAUGCACCAGCAAGCGUGUGAUGUUCAGGAGUCUUCCUGGUGGUGGACCUAGGAAUAUGUGGAUCUAGGAGAGGGGGACCUAAAUAUGUGGUAGGAGGCCAGGCACGGUAUGAUCUAGACAGAGGGAAUAGCACAUGUAAGGCUCAGGAGGUGAAGAAGAGUUCAGAGAGCCACAGAUUGGAUGGAACAUAGAAUGUGUUGGGGAGAAGCUGUAGGUGAGGUUAGGGGUGUGGCCAGGGGUCAAAUCCCAAGAAGCAUGAAGUGACAGGAGUGGGGGAUAAUGCCGAGAGGUGAUGCUAUGGCAUCUGGCUGCAGGAGAGGUAACAGAAUCAAAGGGGGGCAAAGAAUGAAAGCAAGGAGACUCACUAGGCUCCUGUUAAAAUCACCCUCUUAAGAUAACAGUGGCCUGAAUUAGGGUUGGUGAAAUAAGGCUAAAGAAGGAAAGACAGAUUCAAGAACUCCUUGAAAACUGAGUGACAAGUUGUGGUAAUUACUGGAAAUGUGACUGAGGGAGAAAGGAGGGAGGUAGGUUUCCAUUUUGGGUGACCAGGUGCAUAGCAGUGCCAUGGAUUAAGACAGACAAUGCAGUGAAAAGGGGAAGAUUUGGAGAAUGGAUGACUUCAGAUUUGAGAUUGCUGAGUUGAAAGUGCCUCAAGCAUCUCAGCCCAAGGGGAGAUGGUUCGGCAGGCAGCUGGGUUGAUGGAAUCAGAUGUUCAAGGGAUUGGUCAGGGAUGGAGAUAAAGAUUUGAAACUCACUAGCCUGUAAAAGGUACUAGAAACCAGGAGAUAACUUGACACCGUCCAGUGAGAGUAUAUGGAGUGACAAGAAAAAUGUGAUCUACUGGCAUUCUUAAGGAUACAUGAAGGAAGAGGACAAUGACAGAGAAAGAGGAACGAAGUCAAGAAAACAGUGACACAGGGGAGUCAGGGAGAUGCAGAGUGUCUGGAGGAAGCAGCAAAAAAGGUACUGACAAGGGGGCAGAAAAAAUGCUUGAAGACAGGGCCUUAGCAGGGCAGCUCAAGCCACAUGGUUCAGACUGGAAUGGAAGAGUUGGAGGAGGGAAGGUGGAAGUGAUGGUUUUUGUGGGCCCAGAGGAAUUAUGGAAUCCUACAUUUGCAGUGGUUAUAAGUUCCACAUUUAGGGACUUUUUCUCCAAAUGUGCUAGGAGUAGGGAAGGUGGCUUGUAGCAUUUUAUUUUGCUCAGGUUGGGGUUUUGCUGGAAGGUGUUACCAAUGCCAUGACCCCUGUGCUCCCUGUCUUCAGUAGCCUUGGCUCCUUGAGGAGUCUCAGAGAAACACAGGACAGGCAGUGACCACUUGUUCUGCAAAAGCUUCAACUCCCUUAUUAAUGCCACAAUACCACGCCAUGGAAGCCAGGUCUCUGACACUUCCAAGCCUGACACUUCCAAGUCCAAGAUCUCUGGCUUCAUCUCCAUUCCAUACCUUCCAAUCUCUAGGGUAGCCCACCUAUUAGGAGGUGCUGGAGGAGAGGUGAUUCUGACACUUACUUGGUCUGUCCUUUGCUAUUAUUCCAUGACUCACCAUCAUGAAACUGGCCCUUCCCAGACACAACACUGAGUAUCUGAAGGUGGGUAGAGUCUAUGGGCCAAAAAUAGGAAACACCCAUCCCCCACUUCCUUCUUUAUUCCCUUGCUCUAACUAGCCCCAAGUGGAGUGGCAUCCAGAAGCAGAAGUGUUCUAAGGUGAUUAGCUAAGAACACAAGGUACAAUUGGAAAUCUAUUGUGCAAACAAGUGCCUGUUUAAUUUCUCUCACUUCCUUUUGGGUUUUAAGCUCCCUUUUGAUUAGUGUUUGGUUUCUGGUAAUAAAUGUGGUCCCAACUUCAUUGGUUUAUGGAGGGGAAUAUUCUUCCGCUAUUUUCUGUGGUAAAUUGUUUAUCUUACCUACGCCCAACAAGACCAAUGUAUACCUGAGAUUAACUCCAGUCCUAUCUGGGCACCAAUCGUGGAGAGCCACGUGGGUGGAAAACUGCAAUAAAAGUGUGGUGCAGAGCCGGCUUUCCCACGGCUGACCAGACGACAGCUCUGUGUUCUUAUCCCAAGGUAAGUACCAUUUCAAGCCCCAGCAGGCUUCCUUCUGAUCUUGGGGGGCUUCCCCACCACCCUUGACCCACUGGAUGUGCAGGUUGUUUGUUUCUGGAAGCUUUCAGAAUAGCUUUCAGCCCGAUCAAGUGCUCCAGAUUUCACUGCGCGUUCAGCUCAACCAAGAUUCCAGCUACCUGCUGGUGACUCCAGGUCUAAAGAUGUCCCCUCACUCUAUCCCUCCUCCAGGAACAUAGGCCCCCACUUGGGAUCUCAUCCCUUAGAAUUACUAGUCCUGGGUGCUCUCUCAUAACAUAUUCAUGAUAUCCUUUCUAGAAACAGAUCUCUAGAUUCAACUUGAGUCUUCCGGAGACUUUAAGAAGCCACCAAAGAUUUGCUUAUUGGAGGAAAGUUGCCAGAAGAGGGAAUGUUACUGGCAGACUCUUCACAGUUCUUUGUUUCUGCCCUCCCCAUCCCUAUUUACUUAUUCAUUUAUCACUCAGAUCUUUACUGAGCACCCCUUAUGUGGCAGACACCAUGCUAGCAGCAAGCAACGUGGGCACGGACGGACAUGGUCCCACCCUCCCAAAAAAUCUGUGUGCAUCUAGGACACUUCAGGAGUCUCUUAGGACAGUGCCCAACACACCAUUGAGCAAAGCAUUGAGAAAGCAGCUGUUACUUUUGUCUGUAGAUAUUCAUAGCACUGUAAGUUCCCCUCCAUCCAGUCUUUCAGAGCCUGAACCCCUACUUGAGUAAGAACCAACCUAAGGCCUUCUAGGACGUCCUGCAGUGCCAGCCAGCUCCAAACUUGCCUUCGGUUCUCUUGCUGUCAACUUCAUCCCCUCUGCAAGCCUCUUACCCUCAUCACCCCACCUCCUCUCUGCAAGAUAUGCCUGCUUUAAAACAACGCAGCCCUUCACAAAAGAAAUUAUGGGUCUGUUUCUGUGAACAUGGGCCUGUGUCCUUAAGCAAGCUAUUUAACUUCCAGCAUAGUGUCUACAUGUAAGAGGAGCUCAGUCCAUAUCUCUGGGAUUAAUAUGCUCUGAGACCCAUCUCCCUCUUCAUCCAUAAAUGGGAGCAAAAAUAGUACAUUUCCUGGUGGGCGGUUCACAGCCUUAAAUGAGCUAACAUGUGCAAGGGGCUGAGUACAAGUCAUGGUGCUGAACUGAUAUGAAUUCCCUUCUUACCCCCCUGACUCUAUCUGAGUCUCUCCCUUCCCCUAGCUGCAUGGAGAGUCUGCACGGUGUUGAAUGACCUGCACAUCUCAGCUUAUGGAAAAGAUGGUGGGCUCUUGUGUCUUGUGGCUGGCCUUGGCCUCCUGCCUUCUGACCCUGGCAUCUACAGAACAGCAAGGUGACAGAAACUUCACCAACAUCCGUUCCUAUGACCCCUGCCAGAAUUAUACCCGUCUGGAUGAACCAUCACGAAGCACAGAGUACACAGGACGGGGUCAGCUGUGUGACAACAACAUGAACGGCUGGUACCGCUUCGUGGGAGAGGGAGGAGCGAGGUUGCCAGAGGCCUGUGUCCCAGUGCUCCGGUGCCAAACAGACGCUCCCAUGUGGCUGAAUGGGACACACCCUACCAUCGAGGAGGGGAUCGUCAGCCGCACUGCUUGUGCCCACUGGAGUGGCAACUGCUGUCUCUGGAAGACUGAGGUGCAGGUAAAGGCCUGCCCAGGCGAGUUCCAUGUGUACCGGCUGCAGGGCACCCCCAUGUGUAAUCUGAGGUACUGCACAGACCCCUACACUGCAAAGGACAAGUGUGAGGAUACCUGCCGCCCGGAGGAGGAAUGCAGCUUUCUCAACGGCACCUGGAACUGUUACUGCAGACAGGACCUCAACAGCUCUGAUGUCCACAGUUUGCAGCCUCAGCUAGACUGUGGGGCCGAGGAGAUCAAGGUGUCACUGGACAAGUGUCAGCUGGGAGGCCUGGGUUUUGGGGACAAUGUCAUCACCUACCUCCAAGACCGGAACUGCAGCAGUAUCACGCAAAGAGAGGAGAGAAACUGGAUAUCCGUGACCAGCCCUACCCAUGCUGGGGCCUGUGGAAACAUCCUGGAGAGAAAUGGAACCCAUGCCAUCUACAAAAACACCCUCUCUGUGGCCAAUGAGUUCAUCAUCAGAGACACCAUCCUCAACAUCAAUUUCCAGUGUGCCUACCCACUGGACAUGAAAGUCAGCCUCCAAACUGCCCUGCAGCCCAUUGUAAGUUCUCUGAACAUCAGUGUGGAUGGGGAUGGAGAGUUCACUGUCAGAAUGGCCCUGUUUCAAGACCAGAACUAUAUAUCUCCUUACGAAGGGGCCGUAGCUGUCCUGGCUGUUGAAUCUAUGCUCUAUGUGGGUGCCAUCUUGGAGAGAGGGGACACCUCCCGGUUUAACCUGUUGUUGAGGAACUGCUAUGCCACACCUACUGAAGAUAAGACUGACCCCGUGAAAUAUUUCAUCAUCAGAAACAGCUGCCCAAAUCAGUAUGAUUCCACCAUCCAUGUGGAGGAGAAUGGGGUGUCUUCAGAAAGCCGGUUCUCAGUUCAGAUGUUCAUGUUUGCUGGAAAUUAUGACCUAGUCUUCCUGCAUUGUGAGAUUCAUCUCUGCGAUUCCCUUAAUGAACAGUGCCAGCCAUCUUGCUCAAGAAGUCAACGUCGCAGUGGAGUAGUGGCUAUCAACCCAGCCCAGGUUGUAGAUUUGGGACCCAUCACUCGGAAAGGUGCUCCAUCUCUUGGCGUCGUGAAUGGAACCCCCAGCUCUGCAGGGUUCCUGGGGGCUUGGCCCAUGGUUCUCCUGCCUGUCCUCCUGGCUGGGCUGUUCUAAGAGCUCAGCGAAGCAUCUAGCCUUGAAGCUCGUGUUCUUCCCUCUGGUGAUGGCUUCCAGUCACCCAUCGGCUAUGCUGGUUCUCUCUCCAAAUCACAUAGACAGUCUUGGUGUUUAGACUCUGGGACAGGCUAGGUUUGGGGAAAGGGAAAAGAUUCCCUUGUUCAACACUCUCUGUGCCUUUGUAGUCCUCUUUUUCUCAUGGUGGGGACCCUGUUGGCCUGGCCUGGCCUGAUUUCCUCAUUUAUUAGCAGGAUUUUGGAGCCAGACUUGCUCUGUGCUUCUGUGGCCCCAGCCUUUACCAGAAAUGUAUCAUGUGUUACCCUGUAACUCCAGAGUAGAGAAGCUGUAUGUAUCACUGUGGGGUGGAGGCAGGAGAAAGGGGAUGAGCUUGUUAAAAAGACACCUCUCAUGGUUCCUUCCCAAGUAUACCUUGUUCUAACUGCUGAUGAACUGAACAGACUGAUCCUUGCUUUAA